GACCCGGAAGUAGCUAGCCAGUUGUGGUGGAUGGUAGCCAGCGGCUGUCUUUACCCUGCUGUCUCCUCUGCUGUCACUGGAAAACAGCCUUCCUCACUGAGCUGCCCCCCUUUUUUUUCGGCUUCUGACAGCAGCUCCGUCCUCUCUGCAGCGGGACACGGCUCGUCCCUCAGCCGGCCCGGGUGUCACUCUCAGACGGACUGAGAUGCCAUCAGAGUCCCGCUCCGCCCUCAGAGCUGGUCUCGGGUUUAGCUCGGGUUUGUAGAAGCCUCCUCACUGUGGUGGUGGUCCUCCGCUCUCUAACGUUAGCCGGCUGGCUAAAGAGGUAAGAAAGACAGACAGCAGCAGCACCUCUGCAGACAAACUCUUUGACCUGUCCGUGGCACGGAUUAUCCUUCAUACAUGAUUAUCUUAAUUUUAUUGUAAUAACAGAGAAAUGUUCUGGUGAUGGUUAUAAUGGAGGUUACAUACAGAAGAAUAUCUGUGUUAUAGCUCACGGCUAAAUGAAGCUCGGUCUAAUUAGGUAGAUUAAUGUUAACCGAGUUCACUUCUGUCAGAUUUAGUCAAGUUAUGACCACAGCUGAGCUUUUUAAUCACAACAUCAGUUCAUAUUAUUGGUAACACGCGGGAAACAUCACAUCAAAAACUCCUGACUGACUGAUUUCUCCUGAUUUUGGAGUAAAUGUAUGACAGAAUUUCCAAAUUAAGGGUUUGUCAUGUGUUUUAAAUGUUACAUUUUUGCUUUACUGAAUCUCCUUUGACUGGGAUCACCCUUGCAUGCAAAAUCACUCCACUUCUUCAUGACAUUUCAUUCAUUCAUUUUUCUAUCAGCCUAUUGGUUUCCCUCUCUCUUACUUUGAGACAACUCCACACUGGGAUGAGUCAUCUCUGAAUAUCUGAAUAGUGGUUGGCAGGGUUCAAAAUUAAAGGUGCAUUGUGUGGAAUUUGAUGGUACUUCUCAAAAGAAAUAUGUGUUAUGCAGGGGUUUCUUUGAAUUAGUUUAUACUGAAUGGAAAAUCACAAUUGCCUAAUUUCUGAUGACUUUGGCUGUGUCAGAAAUAAAUCACUCAGUCCCUAACCCCCAUAUGGGGUUUUACUAUAUAGUUGACUAUGUAGUGAACUCAAUCACCAGAGGUUUCGGACACUACAUGGCAAGACGCAAUGCAUGACGGGAUGCCGCCACUGGUGAGUGACCAUCGGAUGCUCACUACAUUUUGCAUGCUUUAUGGGAAACUUUGAGUCGCCUAUAUAGGGCACUGGAAUUGAUUACUGAGGUUUCGGACACCCCUCAAAAUGGCGCUAACCCCCAUAUAGUCACCUAUAUAGGGGUUAGGGAUCCAUUUCGGACACAGCCUUAGAAAAAGUCUUUAGUAAGCCCGGGCGAUUUGGCAAAAAAAAUGAUCAUGAUAAAUUUUGUCGUAUCGUCCGAUCUCGAUUAUUAUCAUGAUUUUUUUUUUAACUGCCAGUUUUAAAGCAUCUGUACUAAUAACUAAAGAAACUAGAGAUUAGUUCAACAUUUUAUUAACAUACGAAGUAAAUAACAAAGAAUAAGAUACACUUACAAAAAUAUAACACUGUUUGAGCCGAGCGUCAGCGCAGCGACUCUCUGCAAGCUUUUUGGCUUCAAAUCCGUAUACUGGCAGAAGGCGGAACCAAGUUGUCCAUAGUAUAUAUACAGUCUAUGUUUCUGACACAGUCUGCAGAUUAGUGUCUCGUGAGCAACAUCUGUCUUUGUGAACCCAAUCCUCCUCCAUUAGAGUGUGGAUGAUCCAAGCCUUGUGAUAAAAUCAACUGUUUGCUCUCUUGCUUUUUACUGCAGCCAUGCAGGCAGCUACGCUGGCGUAGCUUGUUGUGAUAUGUGAACACUGCAUAUACUCUCCGUGUGCAUACACUGUAGUCUGUCCUACAAGGCUUUAUCAUAUUCAUUAAGUGUGUGGACAAUGAAGGCGCGUUUUGAUAGAUUUUUUGCUUAAUGAGAUACAAUAUUUAAAGUAUUAAAUUAUAUUAUGAUCUACAGCUUACCAACAUCCAUACUGGCUUCUUUCCAUUAAAACUAUAAAUUGACACUCUUGAAGAGAAAAAGAUGAUUUAAGUUUUUUAAUGCAGAAAAAAACAAAAACAUGCAGUUUUCAAAUGCAAAACACAAGCUAACAAACCUUCCUCUAAUUUCCACCUCUCAGGGUACAAAGAUUUAUUUUGUAGGUUAGUGUGUUUAUUCCUCUUUUACUCCUCCUACACAGCAGGAAGUGAGAAAAUUAGAAGUAACCAGAUUCUAAUUUUAGGCUCAAAACCUGCUUUUUAUAGAAAUAAACUAUUCGCUGAUGUCUGUGCUGGGAUUUCUCAUACAUGCACACCUCUUCUCACUACUGCUUACACUUGCUGCACACUUUGUUUUACGGAGCACUGAGGUCAGUCACGCUGUCUGCUGUGCAAACAUUUUGGAUGGCCGUCCUUGUCUCUUCAAGUAGACCAGAACUGGAUUAUUCUUAUUUUUGAGUCUAUUUUAGGUCUGUGUCCUUCCCACUUUCUAACCUGCCUCAGACAGAAGAGUACAGAAACUUACAGUCUUUGGUCCAAAGAACUUUCAUACAGCCUGUUUCAAGGUUCAGAACUAAACCAAAGAACUAAAGUUGCUGCUUGUGUUCCUGUGAACGGGUUACAAAAGACCUGAAACACAAGAAUCUGCUCUUAUUGAACGCUUUUGGGUGAUUUUGUAUGACUGAAUGGUAGAAACAUCUGGCUCAAAUUUUCUGUUUAAUAUCUAUGAUUAUGGUUGUAUAUGAUGUAUAUGUGUGCUGGCUUUGCAUGUCUUAUAAUGUGUUACAGUUGUGUGUUUUAUAUCAUAUGUUUAAAUGUAUAGCUGCCUGGUUAUUAUGUUUGUAGGAAACUUUUUCACUAUGCUGCUGCUUGUCUUGGUCAAGUACAGUGUUUUGAGUGGGCAGGUAUGCUCCUGUGUGAGGUAAUGCCACUUAUAAAUUUAACCCUUUAGUGUACGGGAACUUUUUUCAUAAUACUCUCCCCAGCUACCUGAACCCCUCCCUGUCCUCUCUAUACUACAGUUUCUCUUGAUAGAAACUGAAAUGAAUUAUUGAUGUGUGUGCAAGAAUGUUAUCUAUUGAUGUGUCAGGCCAAAAGCUUUAACAUACAUGGGAAAUUGGGGAAGAUUGAGCAUUUUAUAUUGGAGUUACAACUGCCUCUUGUUAACAGGUAGUGCCAUAGCUGUUGUUUGAUAUGGUCAAAUAGAUGUGUUCUGUGGUGGACACUGGUGAUAUAUGUGAUAUUUAGAGGAGAUUAAACACCGGAUUUCGUGUUACAAUUACUUAAUGUGUCAUUGAACAAUCAAAGAUUGCCCCACCACUUUUGAUUCUGUCUAAUCUUCAGUGUCUCCACCAUUGUCAACAAAAAGCACCUCAAAUAAAUUACCUAUAUUUAAGUAUAUUACGCUACAAUAUUGUGUGUAAUCGUCUCAAGUAAAAACCUUUAUCAUACAUGUGAAAUUUGGAGAAGAUUGAGCAUCUUAUAUAGAAGCCAUACUGCCUCUUGUUAUGAGGCGGCACUGUAACAGUUUAAUAUUAGCAAAUAGAGGCAUUCAGUGGAACACAAUGGCCAAACAUGAGAUAUAGAGCAGAUCAAACAUGAAGUAUGUGUUGAAAAAAUAAAGGAUAUAAAGAAAUAUAUGUAGAGAUAUUUCUGUAUAAAUAUAUGUGUCACAGUAUGAGAGCGUCUUGGUGCAAUGUGCAGUACGUUUUUUUUUUACUUUAGAAUAAACUUGAGGCCGUCGGUUUAACAGAAGUUAAAUAUUGUGAUAUCAUGCACAUUCUUUGACCUGAUUAUCAUCCAUCUCUGAGACAAGGACUUUAGCCGCUGUGAGAAUGAAAUCUAGGACAACCCAGGUCAACCUAAAAAAGGUGGCCAUGUGACGCAUUUCCUCCUCAGUUACUCUGAACAUACUUAUUUCUGUUCGUAUUGAAGUAGGCCAUCUGUGAGAGGAGACACUCGGCAGUGUCUCCUCAUGAGCUGUGACAGUUUAGAUAAUAACAUUUGAGAUAUAUCAGCAGGGCCGCCAACAACUAUUCUUGUAAUUAUCUACUGUUUCCUGAACUGUAUCUGUCGUCUUUUGGUCUGAAAAUCUCCAAUCUCUUCUGAGUUUAUCAAAAACUCACGAUGAAGUCUUAUUAAAAUAUCUUGUUUUACGUAUUGCCCAAAAAUAUUCCAAUAAGGAGGCUUUAGACCACUGACAACCCGCUGGAAAAAUAGCUUUUCUUACUCAUCCAACAAAAAAUAUUCACAAUGAGUGACACAUUUGGCUGUUAAAAAAGGAGGAUGAGAUUAAUUGUCUGAAAAUACUGACAUGUCCUUACAUUUGGAAGACAGGAUCAGCAAAGUAUCUGUCAAAAAGGGGCGUCAAAAUCAGCUUAACCUAAAAGUUCUUCACUGCAGCUUUAGGAGAACUGAAAUACAUAAAAUCGAUUCAUUUAUUGUCUAUGCAUUUCUGAUGGCUUUGACGUGCAUUUAUCUCUUUACGUAUCCCCCUUGCAAGUAAUUCCCUGCUGUAUUCUGGAGCACUUGUCAAGUUUCUCCGUUUUUUUAUUGGCCCUGUACGGGCUUUUUUGGAAUGUGUUGCUGCAUCAAAUUCAAAAUGAGGGAAUAUUUGAAAAAUUUCAAUCAAGUUCAUCAGUUUGAACAUGAAAUAUCUUGUCUCUUCAGUGUAUUUAAUUGAAUACAGAUGGGAAAGGAUUUGCAAAUCACUGUAUUCUGUUAUUACUCACGUUUUACCCAACUUAAUUGGAAUUGGGGUUUGUACAUUAUGAGUCACUAAUCAGCUGAUAAUUUUCUCUCCUCAUAGCCUGCAGUGACCCCAGAUUCAGUGGUUUUACCUCACUGAUCAAGUUUCAGGUCUAUUACAGUCGUGAUAAGUUAGUGUGUCUGUUUUAUUGUGUGACUGUGGGUGUUUGAAGCAGUUAGAGUGGAUUGAACUCAGUAUUUCUGUAAUAACCCACUUCAACAUAUAUAAAGAACUGAUUGAAGCAGCAGUAUGCUGUGUUACUGUUUGAGGUAAAAUCACAGUUUUAUCCAUGGAGUUGACUGAUUUUGAUGUAUGCCUUUUUAAAUUACAUGUUGCACUUGUAUUUUGUUCUCUUUAGCAUAUGUGUAAUGUGUUAAUGUGUGUGUGUUUUCAGGAGUGAAAAGCCAGUGUCAUGACUGGAGCUGAGACUGAGGAUGAUAUUCCAUUAGGUGAAAGGAAGACUGUCACAGAUUUCUGCUACCUUCUGGACAAAUCCAAACAACUCUUCAAUGGGCUGAGGUCAGUUUUUGACUUCCUCUGCUUUCUGCCUCCUGAACUGCACUUUGUUUACAUGCACUUUAGUUUGUUUGUAUGUACAAAAAUAUAGAGCACAUGCAGAUAAUAUAAAAAAUAAGACUUAAACAUGGGAAACCAAGGGUGAUGGGUGACCCUGGGUGAAAAGAACUCAAUUUAACCUGAUAUAGACACAACCAAACAGCAACAUCAACUCUCGAAAGGCAACAAACAGACAGAAUCCACGAACAGAAUCAGCUGCACUUUCAGGCAUGUCUUGUUACAAAAUCAGACAAAAGACAACCUGCCUUUCAGAGAAUCAAAAAGUCUGGAAGCCUUUUCAUCACUUUGGUAAAGGUUCAACUUUGUCUUAUAAAACUUUGUCUUAGAAUCUCCGAGGCUUGUUUCUCUUGUUUUUGUUUUUGGGUACAAAUUCCAGUCUGGCCUUUGUAUUCUUCUUGCUAACGAUUUGACUGGUUUGCAUCUUCUGGUGUAGCUUCUACUGUUGUUCACGAAGUCUUCUGCGAACAGUAGAUUGUGAUACUUUCACUCCUGACCUCUGGAGAUGGUUGCUGAUGUCACUAACAGUUGUUUAAAGGUUUUUCUUUAAAGCUCUCAGAAGUUUCUUUUGUCUACAGCUGAUGUUUUCCUUUCUCAACCCAUUCAACAUCUGUUACUUAGUAGGACACCAGUGGUUUCCUUCUUCUUCAGGAUUUGCUCAGUGUCUGCGCAAUGGCUCUGACGUAUUUUCCAUCUUCUUUCAGUUUCACGGUCGCUUGUUUUUCAUCCAUAGACAGCUCUCUGGUUUUCAUGUUGGUCAACCCUUGAAACUGUAAAUGCAGUCUACGCCAGCAAACCCUAAAUCUGAACUGAGGGUUGACAUUCAGAGCUCUUUAUUGUUUGAAUAAUCAGUGUAAUAGGACACACCUGGGCAACAAAACACACCUAUCAUUCACAUGUUCCAAUUAUUUUGCUCACAUGAAAAAUGGGUGGGUUCAGAUAUAACGUGCUCUCUUCUAAGUUUGGUAUUAGAUCCAGAUGUAAAGUUGAAAUGCUGAUCUCUGGUCUCAUAUUCGUCCGUUGAUGUCAAACCCAAAUGUUUUCACUCUGCAGCAAAAUAAAGUAAUCGGCCUCACUGUUCCAGUACUUUUGGAAGGAAAUGUACAUCUAAUGAAAGUGCAGACAAAUACAGUGUGUCAAGGACUUCCAGCUAUGGCAGAUCUACAGUCUUUAUCCCUGUUAGGCUUUUAGAAAUGAGGCACAUGAUACAAAACUUAAAAACUGACAUGACCACAAACGAAACCGACACUGACAAGCAGUCACAUAGAUGCAUGAGAGCUAACUAUUAUGGUAGAGAGUCUUUUACAGACAUUUGAGUCAUUUCAGUUUCUGGCAGUCCUCAAAUUUUUGCAAGGUCUAUAUUUUAGGUUUUGGGGGGAAAAGGGAGCUUGGAUCUAAACUUCUCUUUUGAGCACAUUUACUGUUGAAUUAGUUCAAUAACCACCUCUUAUUACACAGAGAGAGUUCCUCCCUGUGUUUUGGUGCAAAAAGAAUUAUCACAAAAGUAAAAUGACACAGCAGUUGGAUUUGUGCAGAAAUGUGCAAGAUGAUCAUACAUUGCAAACUGUGAAUUGGAGGGGAAAGUUCUUAUUUGUAAAACACACUGAAAACAACAAAGUAAAGCAAAAUGUUGUACAAGAAAGAAAGAAAACACUGAAAAACACAAUGAAAGGACUAAUUUAGAGGGAACAGGAGGAGAAGGGAAAAAUGUGCAGGAACACUAAUCAGCCAAUCCUAUUAAACAGUGUUAAUAGGUCAGUGAUGUUCUGCUAAUAAUCGUUUCGAUUGCGUAAUCACAAGAGAAAUAAAAAAAGGCUUCAAUUUUUAGAUCAGGUUUUUUUUUUUUUUUUUUUUUUUGAAAAAAGCUAAAAAUAAUUUGAGUCUGUUCAGGUCAGAGACGCAGAAAAUCUAUUUUUAUUCCUGAGAACAGAUUUUUCAGAAGAGAGCAGCUCUGCCUUUAAAAGCCAAGACCUACUAAAGAAAUAAUAUUCAUUUUUAAAACAAUCAUCUGCAAAAUUUUACUCAAAUUAUGAGAUCAAACAGUCUUUAUGUUUGACCUGGAAUCACAGAAUCACCUCAGCAGGAGGAUUCUGGACUCAGAGAAAUACCUCUAAACAAACACUCUCCUUUUUUGCCAAAUUCCAGGCUGCUUUGAGUGCCAACAUCUUAAAAUAACAUGCUUUGAUUUUAUCCACCAGGUGGGUCCAUGACGUAUGAAGUCAGAGAGUCCCUGAACAACAAAAACAGUCCUGAAAACGUGUGAAAGCUUUGUGCCAAAAAUCUUAUCAGUAAGAGAGCAGGCUUUCCAAAUAAUUGUAGACUUUGUUAUCAGAGAGCUGAAUUAAAAUGAGAAGAACACUCUUUAUAGAACUUAUUAUAAAUCAGUGCUAAACAUUUUGGUUUGUAGCACAAGUGUGUUACCAUUAUUUCCACCUGAUGUUCGGGUCAGUUUUACUUUCUGCACCCCGGUUUUGUAACUAGCGGGUGAACUUGCAUCCAUGUGAACGCCUGUGGGUGUGGCAGUCCUGGAAGCAGAAAGCAUCUGUGCCGAACACUAAAGAAAUCCGGGGCUGAAAUCUGGGGUCAGCUGCACAGUCCAUCCCUGAUAUGAAGAGGGUGUUUUAGGGUUCAUCAAGUAUUUUCUUUGCUCUUUAUGCACAGAGGCACACAGUUAGGCACCCAUUCAUAGUGAAAUUGACUUUUUAUUAGGAAAUGAUUGAAGACGUGGCAAUGCAAGUAUUUUUCCCUCAUCUCCAAACAUCCUGAUACUGCUCUGUAUGAGGCUGAGGGCCAAGACAUCAUCGCUGCCAUCUCCUCAUAACCUCAGCCCUGCAUGACCCGACGGCUACAGCCUGAGACGUCACCAAGCUUUACUGUGCACACUCUCCUGAUUAUAUACAGGAAUAGACACACUCACACACAAUAAAGGGAUAUUUUUUACAUCAUGCUGUCACUGACCAUGAUGCUUCCAUAUAUUAAUAAAUACUGAACAGGAACUGUGUGUUAUGUACGCAACAGCCUACAAAAUACAGUCAUGUGAUCCAGCUACAAAAGUAAUGUGUGUGUUUGUAUGUGAUUUAUGAUUUUGAGCUGUAAGGUUGGUGCGUACGUUUCAGACUUUUUUUUUGUACAUGUGUAUUACAAACAUGAAGUUUUGUCUGAAAGGUAUGAAUUUUCAGAUGGUAAUGCAAUGUCUGAAUGAGGAUGACUGAAUAUUGUUCUUUGUUUUCCACUUCCUGACCUGCAUAUCUAGUUCUGACUCCACCCCUGUGCUUAUUUACCAGUUGUCUGAAUCUGGUACGGUGAUGUUCUCACACUUCAAAAUUAGUUUUUUUAAAUGAAAAAUGAAGUAGAAAGGCUGGAAUCUAUUGUGUAAAUGAAAACGCUCAUCUGCAGAUGCACCUUACUAUGUCCCUGAUUGGUCCGGUCUAUGUCAUGCUCAACACACCAAUCAAAGGAUGUGAUACAGCCUUGUUGCACCCUGCACCUCAGUUAGCACCUAGAGUAUGUGCUAGGGCUGGGCGAUAUGGUCUCAAAUCAAUAUCACGAUAUAUUGAGCAGUUCCCCUCAGUAACGAUAAAUAGACGAUAACUACUUCACAAGCUGCUCACCCCCUCCCACAUUAACUUUGUCUACUUCAGCGGCCACUCCAGCUGCUACAACUUUUGAACCGUCCUCCAUCUCCUCACCUGUCUUUGUCUCUUAGGACAGCGUCCUAAAGGGACAUGAGACCAUAGCGUACCUAUACACAUCCAAAACCAACUUUCAUCUAUUGACUCAUUUUUUUGACACCGAAUUUAGUGACAUGGGCAAAAUAACGUUGGUUAUUGUAAAAAAAAAUCGGUAUCGGUAAAUUUUCAGUUUAUUGCCCAGUGUGUGCAGCUCAAACAAGAAAAUGUAGUGUGACUCUUUUAGCCUAAACAGAACCCUGUGACUAUAAAAUGAUUUUCAACCAUGGAAACAUGUUCAGAGUAGAAAACUAAAAAUAUAAUGUGCGAUCCAAACAGAAAGACCAGCUAUUACUUCAGUCAAUAUCUUCUGUCACAAUUUGCGCAAAACCUAAAGUUAAAAUCUGUUUGAUUCAGUCAUUUGAACAACAUUUGAAAAUGUUUCAGAACACAGCAAAGAGAUAAAUUGUUUUUCACCCUAACUUUUCAGCAUCCAAAUUUGCUGUUUUUGCAACUUUAGAAAAAGUUGUAUUGAACAUUUGUUUGGAUAAGAUUGAUUUUUCAGUAAACCUGUAAGAAACCUGCUCAGUACUGUGAUAUACCAGGAUUCAUCCGUGUGUGAGGAGCCACCUGUCUUGCUGGGAGGGCAGCAGGUUGUGAGGGUGUGAGCACUUAGUGGAGAAGAGACACUUUUCUCUGUUACAUCCCAACAGUGUUAAAGAAAUGUUAAAGUUCUUGUUUUCUCUCGUUGAUUUUCUGUAGAUCUGUCGGUCUGUAGAGCUCAGCAGGGAACAGUUUGACUCACCUGGUGUCUGCAGCAUGAAUAACAGGUCAAUGCUGUCAUGCACCACAGGUUUUUAGGUUACUGGGAUAUUUUUAACAAAGAAUCAAACAGACCAGGCAGAGAUCAGAGCCCCAGAUUGUCACUUAAAUAAGUGACCCUUUGAAAAAUUCAGUGUUUUUUUUUUUUAAGUUGAUUUCUCAAUAUGGUCAGAAAGACUAAGAGAGCAAACAGACAGAGCGACCAUCUGGAGAAGCAGGAGUCAGCGAAUGUGUCGUGUGACUGCGAGCCAAACAGGACGGAGCUGCAGCCAGGAUCCUGAACUGAAAAGACGGAGCAGAGGGAUGAACUGCUUCCUGUUUUUUUAACCCGCCACUGUGAUGUUUGGUCAAGCUGCUUGUCCUGAUCCGAGCGGGUAAUGAUACACUGUUAGUCAGAUCUGAUGCUGCGUUGGUCUUGCUGAAUCACAGAAUACAGAUUAAUGCACAAUUACAGACCCAGAGUGAGGGGACAGCAUCACUCACAUAGUUAAAUACAAGCUUUGUUAGCAUGCAGAUCACUGAACUCAGGUUUGACAGCAAAUCAAAACUGCAACAAAAACCGAAAAUACUGUAUAACAAGGUGCUGGUGUUGCUGUUUAACCAGCCGGGGCGGGACUUGUCACACGGGUAACCAGGGAAACAGAUGACUGUUAAAUGACCAUUACAGAGACAGAGAAGCCCAUUUUCAAUUCAUGUCCGAUCAUUCUGAUUGAAAGUUGCAGAUGGACGUAACUUAAGAUAAAUAAAUGUCUUUUUUCACCUCCUCUGACUUUUUUUGUUUUGUUAAUCCUGCAGAGACCUUCCUCAGUAUGGGCACAAGCAGUGGCAGUCCUACUUUGGACGGACGUUCGAUGUCUACACCAAGCUGUGGAAGUUUCAGCAGCAGCACAGGUUAUUUCUUUUCUCUUUCUUUUCUACUCCAAACUCUAUCACAGGUAAAUCUUAAACAAAUUGGAUAAAGAGAUCUGUGUCCAAAGGUUCGGGGUUUCUUGUGAACUGAUUCUUCAGACAGAAUUCAGGGUCAUAUUGGGCUAAAUAUGAUAGAGACAAAACCUAAUGUUGCCAAUCGGCGCCUUUGUCUGAAAAGAAUAAGCUGAGUGUUGUUAGAAUUUAGUAUGACAGAAUCUUAGUCCUAUCUGAUCAUGUUGUGCUCAGUAUUCUGUGUGUUACUUAUUGACAGGCAGGUUCUGGACAGUCGGUACGGGCUGAAGCGAUGGCAGAUCGGGGAGGUUGCAUCCAAAAUUGGACAACUUUAUUACCACUAUUAGUAAGUCCAGCUCCGUCUCUACUGAGCCAAUCACUUCAUGCAUUCAUCGUCUAAAUAUAACCAGCUUCCAUCCUCUGCUUUGAGUGCACACUGAUCAAACUUCAACAUGCAGACUAGCAGAGUCCUCCAGUGAGCAGGAGCAGAAAUCCAUCCCAAUUCCCAGAUCGAGGCUGAACUGCUGCAGCAGCAAAAACCGAAACAAACACACUCUGAACUAAUCCUGCUCUUGGACUGCUGAUGUUUGGUUGAUGUUUUGAGAAUGUAAAUCAUAUACCAGUAAAUCCUCCAACAAAGACUGGUAUUCACUCUGCAGCCAGGCUUCUUAUAAUGACCAUGAUCAUGAGCAGGAGAGAGAAAUGGAUGUUUUUCAAUCAUUGAAACCUUAACAGUUUCAGAUUUCUAAUAUGAAAUAUGGAAAACAGUUUUAAGUGAGUUCACAAUGAACACACACCACCAUCCACACAUUCUGUAUGAAAAUAAUAACAUCACCUGCAGUGAACUACAUCACAGGCCACCUCUGUGCAGUUUUGUUGUCUCUCAUUUGUUUUGUCUAAGAUUAACGCUAACUGUUAGCAUCUCCACUCUGCUGCUCAGAGCUGCCUUGUGAGCUCUGAUCCUGACGGGUUUAAAAACAAUCCAGGAUAUGAUGAGCUGAAUCAUUUUACGUCUAGGUUUAGGUUUAGUGAAUAAGGCCCUCACUUUUUACCCACAUUGAAUUCUCUGAAACAGAGAAGAUUUUAAAUAAAGGCCCGCCUCUAAUAAAGGCCUGCUUCAUUCAAAGGCCUAGUACCUUAGGUUGUAAAAAUAAGCAAAGACCUGGUCUAUACUUGAUGAUUUACCCUAAUACAGUUUUUAUGUCUUUUUCUUAUUCUCCAUGUUCUACACAAUAACUGUGGUUGUAAAGUUUCUCCUGAAUCCAUAUCAACCCGUAAAGCUGUCCUCUAGCCUACAAUCCAAAUACACUCAUGCUGAGUGAUAAAAACAUUAGUUGUCUGCAUAAAAUCUAAUUUUCCACCAUAAAUCCAGACUUUUUCAGUCUGUCUAUUGUUCAUUUUCAUGUUGGUAUCACAUUGAACUUGUGACUUAUGAUUCAAGCCUCAUCAUUUAGUUUAAUGACUAGAUUAAGCUUAUUUAUCUGUUGAAUGAGAUAGUAAUUCUAAUUUUGUUGUGUAAUUUUGAUUGGCAGCCUUCGUACCUCAGAAACGAGUUACCUGAAUGAGGCCUUUUCCUUCUACUCUGCCAUCCGUCAGCGCUCCUACUACUUCCAGGUCAGCAAAGAGGACAGGUGAGCUCUGUUUUGUCUCGUCUACAUCACUGAUAUUUACAACUCCUGUAGAGUAAAUGUUUUUCUUGGGGUUUUAAUCUCUUUCUCAGAGUUUCUAUUUUUUCUGUUUUCAAAUAUCUAUUUUUCCUCUCCAGACAUGAUAUUGGAGAGAAAUGCUUGAGUGUUAUCUGUUUGUAGCACAAAGCCGGAUAUUAAAACCCUGAUCUUUUGUUGUUUCCCAACAAAUAAAAUAUUCUACAAUUGCAGUUCUGACUUUAGAUUUUUUCAUGAGUCAUUAGCCUUUAGAAGAACAAUUUAAGCACCAUGUACAGUGUUUACUCUCUCCAGACAUUACCAGCCGAUCGAUCCCCACACAACCUAAAAAGACACAUAUUUAGAAAAGUGCACCAUUAUGUGUCCUCGAUGUUUUCUAUUAAGUUCAUUUGUUUUUCUGGUCUCUCAUCAGGCCGGAACUCGUAGUGAAGAAGCUCCGAUAUUACGCUCGCUACAUCGUCGUCUGUUUACUGCUGAACAAAAUGGACCUUGUCAAGGUUCUGGUGAAGGUACAGUGUGACCCUUAAAAUGAAAAACGAACUGAUUAGAUUUACCCUCGCUUCUCAAAAUACUCAGAGAAGUCAACUCCUUAUAACCUGUGCAUGAGAUCUUACUUUGUAAAUCUAAAGGUGUGUAGAUUUAAUGUAAACUUUAACUAAAGUGGAGAUAAACUGUGACCUGCAGGAGUUAUCUGAGGAGAUUGAGGAUUACACGCAGCGAUUCAACACCGAGGACCAGCUGGAGUGGAACCUGGUCCUGCAGGAGGUGGCAGCUUUUGUGGAGGUAACAGCUCUCCAAAUUUUACAGAAAUAACUUAUUUUAAUGUCAUCUAUCUUGAGGUGUUAUUUUUUACACAGCUUUGUUGUCAUGAAGGAAUUUUAAAGUUAUUCCUUCACAGAAAAUAUCUAAGGCUCAUCAACAAGCCAUCAUCCUUAAGUUAUAGUCCCUUUCUAAGGUGUUUCUAGAUGAACAACUCCAGGUUUCAGUAACAGCUGAGACUCAAAUCCAGCUCAUACUGGUCUUUGUUUACAAAGGAGUCGUCAGUGAAGUGGAGAACACAAACAGUUAUGUCGUGUCUGUUGUUGUCCUAAAACUUCCUGCUGUCUUCUGGAGUGUUUGUCUUUGGAAAGAGAAAAAAGCUACGACUUUCCUUUUGGACAGAAAGAGGACUGAGAGAAACUUUAGUGACAGACUGAACCAACAAAGAGCAGGGAGGAGGAGGAGGAGGAGGAGUGGUAAAAUGGAUACAAUAGGGAUCAGAAUAAUAAGUGUCUUUUAAUAAAAACUAUGUUUCAAAAAAUCUGACUGUUAUAUAGUUCGACCCGUGUACGACGAAGUAUUAGGGCCAUAUUAAGGUAAAAAUAUAAUUAAGACUUCGAGAUUAAAGUCAUUAACUUACAAGUAUAAAGUCAUGAUUAAGUAAUUACGAGAAUAAAGUCAUAAUAAAAUCAUGUGAUACUUAUGAUAAUGUGGUGCUGAUGUGCCAAAAGACUUAAGUAUCUCCUUGUUUGAGAAACCCAUUCUGAGGUACAUCUUUACGAAGUGCUCCAUGGCUCUCAUUUCAACAACUGUAAUCUUAAAUAGCAGGUUAGACUAUAAGGACUUUAUUCUGACUUUACUCUCGUAGGUGAUUACUACGACUUCAUUCUCGUGAGUAAUUACUAUAUUAUGACUUUAUUCUUGUAAGUAAUGAUUUAAUUAUAACUUUAUUCUCGUAAGUAAUGAUUUUAUUAUAACUUUAUUCUCGUAAGUAAUGAUUUAAUUACGACUUUAUUCUUGUAAGGAUUUUAUUACGACUAUAUUUUCGUUAGUAAUGACUUUAAUCUCAAAGUCUUUUUUUUUUUCUUCUUAAUGUGGCCCUAAUACUCCGUCAUACCCGUGUCUCAUCUGUUAACAUGGAAAGGGUGGGCUUUAUGACUUAUACUGCAGCCAUUCAGUAGGGGGAGCUCCGAACAGCCUCCCUGUAAAGUGAACUUUCGUUAGUGCUAUCCUGUUUUUCAGUCAGUGUGUUUGAUCCAUCGUAGCUCACUGCCGUUCCUCUCCAUGUAUCAAACAGGCCGAUCCGGUGAUGGUUCUGAAUGACAACAACUCCGUGGUCGUCACUAGUAACCGUCUGCAGGAGGGCAGCGUGCCUCCGCUGGAACAAGGCAUGGUGGUUGGGCAGCUCAACCUUGCAGAUGCACUAAUCAUCGGAAACUGUAACAACCAGGUUUUAACCCACUAAUUCUGAUUCACACUUCCUAACACUGUAUACACACACUUCUGUCUUCUGUCUGGAAUAUUCAUUUUAUUUCACUCUUGAAUAAUAGUUUCACUCCUGUUUCAUUUCUUUUCUACAAAUGUGUCACCUCCUAAAACACUUCUUUAGGAAACGCAUGCACUUUUUGGUGUCUAGAUUUUUUUCUGGAGCAUAGAAACCGCAAAACACGGUUCUUACAACAAACUCUGAUGAUUUUUGUUUUACUGGCAAUGAGACACUGAGCCUCAAAUAAAAACAUCUCCCAUGAAGAAAAGUGCUCUGCAGCUGUGGUCAGUGAUGAUGAAGUAAAUCUAAGCCCUCAGUACGUCUCAUUUGGUAUUCUUCUGUACUCAGAGUUGCUCGUCUACAUGCACAGGAGUGUUCACACUGAAAAAUAAAUCCAAAAUGCAACGCUCUGAGCUGACUUUAGGCUCGUGACUGAAAAAGGGGCCCAGUGUGUCAGUGCCAGAUUUCACGUGAUUCUCUGUCCAGAGCUUUUUUUUCACCUAAAACACUAACAAUACACCGUUAGAGGGGAAAAUAAUCAAAAUCUAAACAUCAAAAAAUGACAAAUAUUUAAGGGAUUGAGAAUAAUCUUCAGAUGCCUGUUUAUGUUUACCGAACACUUAGUGUUUUUGUGGUCGGCAUGACAAAUUUAUUCAUCCAUUUCUGUGUGAGGUUAAAAAAAAAGGUGUGAGGUGGUCAAAAUAAUGGCCGCUCAUAGUGCUAGAAGGUGAGUAGGAACAGUAAUAAACGUUUCAUUCUUUGAUCAUUUUACAGUUCUACCCUGGUAACAAUAAAGAAGGACUGUCGCUCAGUUCAAACAGGGUUUGUCUUAUCACAAACUACUAAAAACUUUGGGCCAUUUCUUCAUCUGGGAAACAUCACAAUCUAAAAAAUGAAUCUCCAGAAAUGUGUCUGUGAUCCGCUGACUUCUGUUUUUUUCCUGUUUCAGGUGAAGUUCAGUGAGUUAACCAUCGAUAUGUUCCGCAUGCUUCAAGCUUUGGAGAGAGAGCCUGUGAACCUGGCCACGCAGACCUCCAAACAGGGAACACUGGUGAGUGUUGAUGCUCCAGUGAAGGUGUUUAAUGCUCCACUGAGAGCACACUGACCUUCUGAGUUCAGAGCUGGAGUAGCAUUGUCCAUAGAGAGCGGGAAUAACAGUGGAGCAAAGAAAACGAGGAAAAUAUUGAAAAGGGUAUCAAGAAGGGAAAAACAAGUUCGGAACAAAGAUCCAACUCCAAUGACAGACUGAUUCAGAAAAGUUUCCUGAAUAAAAACGUCUUAAUAACAUUGUUAAGACUGUUUUUUCUUGAGUUAGUAGUUACAGCGUUAAGUAUCUCAGUUGGUUCUUCAGCUGAUAAUGAAUGUUAUUUGAUUUGCACUAAUCCUAUUAAAAGUUGCAAUACAAAAAAAAAAUCAGAGCUGAAACCAAAAUCAGCAUCCUAAAACAGCGGUCAUCCUGUUUUUAUAAAGUUGACCUUGAUCAGAACACAAACAGUAAUAUCGUGAAAUGUUUUUCCACAGGAGCCCAAUGAGAAACCAGCAAAAAGAGAAAACCCUCACAAAUAUCUGCUGUACAAACCAACAUUCAGUCAGCUCUUUACUUUCCUGUCUGCCUCUUUUAAGGUCAGUAUUUAUUCAACCACAGCAUAAAUCAGCCAAAUCCUUCCAAAGAUAAAUGUUAAAGUUAUUAAUUGUUAUUCUCAUUCAAACUUCAAGGAAUUGCCUGCCAACAGCGUGCUGCUCAUUUACCUGUCUGCCACUGGAGUCUUCCCAACUGGUCACUCAGAAUAUGAAGGUAAAGAUGUGCUCAGAUGGUCAGACUCAACUGGGGGUCUUGUACCUGCUGUGAGGUUACACGUUAUGAUUCCCUGUGGCUAUGUAUCACCCAUGUUCCUCUGUUAUGUUGAUUAGCAUCACUAGCCUGUUCUGUUGUUGCAGACUUCAAACUAAAACAUCCAGCACCUGGAUGCAUGUUCUCUAUGAGAACUUAGGUGUAGCCCAGUUUGAACACAAUUUCUAAUUAAGGGCAGCGUUUUCAUGAACUAGUAGUUGAUGUUGUAAACUCUCCAAGAUGGCUGUUGCCCCAUUAAACGUUUCUGCUAACUAAGAGGUGGAGCUGAGGUCAUAAACUAAAUAGAGUGAUGACUUAAAUAAUUAAAGAAUCCCCCUCUCAUACAGAGGCCACAACUGAGCGAAAAGGAAAGAAGAGCAUUUGCACAGCAAAUAGAUGCUUAAAUAUGAUUUUUGGGACACAGUUUUCUCUCUUCCUGUUUCCUGCAGGGCCGUACGAUUUUGGAGGUGUUCUCACAAACACAAACAGAGACGUGGUAAACGGAGAGACGGUGCAGAAGAAGAAUCAGGCCCAGAAAGAAAUGCACUGGUAAGAGAUCCUUCAUCUGUAGUUGAUCAGAUGUCAAAAAAAUCUUUAAAAAGGGUUGAACUGAUGUUGAACAAAUUUAAAAAGAACUGCAGGUUUUUUUUUAAAAAAAAAGAAACUAAACAGAAACAAAAAAAAAAGCCUACAGGGUCAAGUCUGGUUUUAAAGCAGUGAUUUCCACUACAGAGUCACAUACCAUUUUAGUGCAGUACAUACGUAAAUCUACAGAGAUGCUGCACAUGAACCUCAUUAGUUGGGAAAUGUUCCUCCAGCAGAUUUUGUUUUUUAAUCAUUAACUUUUUUUUCCUUUUUUGUUGUCCCUAUAUCAAUUUGUUUGAAAUGUGCAGCUUGCAAAAAAUAGGAAACAAGCACAUAUUUGUAUUAACAUGUUUUUUUUUUUUCAGUUUCAUCAUUUGAUCAGUUGUCUCUGUAGGGUUUUUAAAUUAAAAUAGGUUAUAGAUGAUUUAAAAUCUGCUUCACUGAACAUAUUACACUGUCCCACCUUCUGGUGUUGGGGUUGCAGUUGAAAACUAAUCAGAGCAUCAUUUCAGCUCAAUUUUUGACUUAUAGUUUUAUUGUUAAUGUUGCAGCCUUCAUCCUGGAGACUUGUUCCCUUUCACUCGGAAACCUCUUUUUGUCAUCGUGGAUUCAACGAACAGCACAGCGUAUAAGGUAAAUACUAAAACUGGAUAAAGUGGACACAAGUGAAAGCGGAUGAGAACUGAAGAGGUUUACAGUAUUUUUCAAAAUUACACCAUGAAGAGCAAAGUGAGGAGGAUGUCUCUGUUUCUGGAGUUGGUGUCUGCCGCCCUGGAGGAGUGUGCAGAUAGAUAAUUUUUAGAUAGAUAUUUGAAAAGUGUCGUACAGAUAGUUUGACAGAGCUCAGAGUUGUAUUUAGAAAUCCUACGGUCGAUUUAGUAUGUUAUCACACGUUGUUAUGAUAAAUAUGAUGUCUUUUGUUUACCUUGAUAGAACUUCACAAACCUGUUUGGUCAGCCUCUGGUGUGUCUACUUUCACCUACAGCUUAUCCCAAGAGUGUGCAAGGUGAGUGUUGUAGCCCAACAGCAGUCAUUGAGAGGCUAAAACUGAUUACACAUAUUUUAAAGGAAACAGACCCUGCCCUGUUGAUGUCCUGAUGUUGGUGUGAUUUGUAGGGGUGGGCUGUAGUGUCUCACGUUGUCCCUCUGUGUCCUCGUUCAGAUCAGUCUCAGCGGGGAAGUCUUUUCACUCUCUUCCUCUACAGUCCUCUCCUCGCCUUCUCCUCCAUCUGUGGGUUAAACAGUGUGCGGCGAGGACUGUGGGAGCAGGCGCAGGAGCACCUCCGCAAAGUUUACCGUGACAUCGGGCAGUUGAUAACUCGAUCACGAACCAUAGGUAACAUCAAACUAAAUAUUUUUAGCUCACCUUGUGUCUGUUUAAAGUUGUAUGACUCUGUUAACCCUGUGGAUGAAUCUACAAUUGUCCACUGUGAGCAAGUGCAUCUUACUGGUUAAAUUUUUUGCAACACUGAUGGUGUGAAUAUUUCCUCUGUCCCUCCACAGAUCAAGCCUUUUUACAGUUCUUUGGAGACGAGUUUCUGCGGCUGCUCCUGAUCCGUUUCGUCUUCUGCUCUGCUGCUCUCAGGCUGCACAAACUCUUCCGGGUGAGUCACUGCAGCUGCACUUUUCCUGCAGUGUUUUUAUUUUGAAAGCCAAAAAUGCAUCUGGUGCAGGUCUGUGUGUGUCUGUGUUUGGGCUGGUGAUCUGCAGCACUUAACACAAACCAUCAGGCUCAGAGCUGGGUGUGUCCCACUUUAGAAAAAGGCUAACACACAGUAACAGCCAGAAUACUUGAUGCACCGUGAUCCAAAAACACCUCAGAGUUUCUAUUCAGGGCAAAGAGCUCGUUCAGAGCAGUCUGCUGCAUCACUCUGGUGCUGUGGGUGAAACACCAACUUCACAUUUAAGUGCGAAAGGACACAAAAAUAGACUGAACUGUUUUAUUUGGAGGGUAUUUUUUAUUUCAGCCUUUUAAAAAACUUUGUUCCUAUCUGAAGACGGCAGAAGUUUCAGUCUUUCACUCUUCUUGUAUGUUUACUAACAUUUUUUUCCCUCCUGGUUUGCCACAUUUUAAUCAUCCCACUGAGCAAUAGACGGCUAUUAAACGUCUGGUUAUUUUUUAGACCUAAUUUCAACCGUCUAGAUUCUGUAUAUCUGUAGACGGAAUUUAGAAGUUGCACUUUAACCCGUUAUUCGAUAAGUAUUUAUUUCAAAAAGCAACUGUGAGUUGCAAAACUGAUCUCCAAGUACUAAAACAAAAUAAUUAUUAUAGCCGUUGAGCGAUAUACUGGUAGACCUCUGUUAGCUGGCUAGUCUAAACUCGGUCUACAUUUAGACGUCUGAAAACUUUCAUUUUUAGACCUGUGGUAGCCUGAUUUUAGACCGGCGUCUAGACUACAUUUAGAUGUAUAUUAGACCUCUUUUAGACCAAAAAAUGCUCAGUGAGCAUAGGGGGUAUUAUAAUCAAAUCUCAGAGUUUGAUUGCAGAGUUUCACUAACCUUAUGUCAGUUGGUUAGAGCCCACAGCUCUAUGAGCAGCUUCGGUAAUUUAAAUAGUUACUGCAUUAGCAUCAAGGAUUUCUGAGAAACCUGCCAAAGAACCAGAACAGGGUCUGGACCACUAAUCUUUACAGACGGAGUCAGCUCUACCCACAUAAUUGAGCUCAUUUUAAGAUACUCAGACUCAAACACUAGCAAAGAUGUAUAAUUCUUCUUGGAGAAUGUCAGUGUUUUAGGCCCGAACUACACGAAUGCGGAUAUAUUUCAAACCGCACAUAUUUAUGUCCGAUUAGGUCUCCCUACCACACCAAAACGGGAGUUUGGAGCACUCAAACCGGAUAAAUCUGAAUCCGGAAAAACAAGUGGAGAAAUAAAAAAAUAUCCGUAUCCCGUAUCCGUAGUUGAUUCGUGUGGUUGGACUUUUACGGAUCGAUGACGUCAAACCGCAGCUCGCGCAUGCAAAUUAAAAAGAAAAACAACAACAACGAUGGUGGACAUACAGGGUAUUCUUUACUUUUUUUUUGCCCUUUUGGGGCAAAUUUCAGCCUUGCAAGUGAACCUUGUUUUAUACAAUUACAUCCACCAGUCAGCCAGCUCACAGACGCGUCUGCUGCGGCCAAUACUUGUAUUGGUCACGUGGUCCGUCACAUGGACCCGACGCACUAGCGUAGCUUCCGCAAACAAUGCAUGACGCAUCACGCUGUUACGAUUCAUCGGCCAAUCAGGUAGCUUUGUUCCUGAAUGUUUUUUAAGCGGCACCAGAUAGGAUUGAGUUUGAAGAUUACGUGUGGACGCAAGUAUUUUUGAGAACUAACACGUGUGGACAGAUACAUUUAUUUAGACGGGAAUACAAAAAUAUCCUGAUAAAUAAAUAUCUAUAUACGUGUAGUUCGGGCCUUUACUUAGCAUCAGAAAGCUAGUUUGCUCUGCCGUGUGCCGGUAACGACACAUGCAUGUUGCUCCUCAGUCUACACUGCAGGGAUCAGCUGAUCAGGUCUGUGAUAAACAAGUCACUGGUGUAUUGUGAGUUUUGAUGAUUUUCCAAGCCAGUUUUAAAAAUAAAAGUCUAAACAGUAGAGUUUGGAAGCAGUCAUUUGUGCUGAGUCAGGUCGUUCAGCUUCAGAAGCUCACACAGUGAUCAGCUUUGUAUCACUUCGUUCCUCCAGGAGUCUCGAAGCUUCCCUGAGUCGUACCCUGAGCUCCCCAAACAGGACACGGUGGAGAGCAGCCUUCUACAGAAGCACAUCCUGGAGCUGGCAACCAUGCUGGACGUGCAGAGUCUAUUUUGGGAUGAUUCACUGGAAGCCUACUAACAUCUUCACACAGGGCCACAUGGCAUCAGUGUACAGACUCAACUGCCAGAGCCCUCACAGUCUUUCUGUUUUUUUACAGGUAAAAAAUAUUCAGCACAUCUUUACACACCAUGGCCUGCAUUGUGAAGGAAGAUGUAGUGCAACAUGAAAACGUCCCAUAAAUAAGCCAGACAGUUUCAUAUAGUAUGUAACUCCCCCAUUUUUACACUCACUAUCUCUCCUUAUAAAUAAUAGCAUCAUGAAAAAGAAAACAGACAAGAGAGAGGCUGCAAAUAAUUCAACAACUCACCAUUCCCCUUCAAAAUACAAGCAUAGACUGCAGCCUCAAUCCUGUCAGAUAAUUGUAAAGAAGUUUUUUGUGUUUUUAAAUAAUAUUUAUUAUUGUUAAGAGAAUGAGGAUCGUUCUGAGAUGUGUUUGGACCAAAAGCAAAGUGAAUUUUUGCACACAUAAGGUUAAUGCAACUAUACAAGUACUUGUUGAAUGAUUUAAGUGCACUAAAGUCCUGACACUUGUAUUUUUGUGCAAAUUAAGACACUAGAACUGGCACUGCAUCACAAGGUUUCUACUUAACUCCAUCAGAAGCUUUCAAGGUGUUGUUUGUUUUCUUGCUGAGAUGGUGAUUUAGGGCCGCUGUACAUAACUAACAAAAAAAGGGAAAAACACAGGAGAAGAGGAGUAAUACUCUGAGUGAAGUCACAUAUUUGUGAUGAUACGUAGCAAGUUUUUGAGGUUAUAAAGCUGCAAAUUUGGGAGAAACAAAAUCCCAGGACCUCAUUUUCUUUAAUUUUUUCACAAAAGGAAUUUGAUUUGAUUCAUGGACAGAGGGGGGGGGGACAGAGUACCAAAAAAAAUUUGAAAGGUGUGUGAAGGUUUGCUUUGCUUGUGGUCUGAACAGAGCCUGAAAAAGUGUAGGGAUGAGUGAAAGGCAGGUUUGUGCUGAGAGAACCUUCACUGCAUCACUCGAUAUUUAAAUGUAUAACGUUAGCACGCGGUGUGAGUUUAAGAGAUGUCACCAAAAACAUCCUCACUGGCACAGAUUUUUUUGUAUUUGCCAAACAGUGCUUGCUGUAUAGCAGCUUAACUUGUAGCAGGCUGAGGUGCAUGAAGUCAUGUUCCGCCAUUACUGUAAAGAUAUCACACUUCUUUUUCACGCCAUGAACCAGCACUCCAUCUUUUUACCUUUAAUCAUCGGCCUUUGACGGUAUAUAUUUCAAGUGUUUCCUUUUUCCACAUCACUGUGCUGUACCUGCAUGCAAAAAAAAAAAAAAAAAAAAGCAGAGAGAUGCAUCCAUUUUAUUGUGUUUCAGCCACAGCAGCCUCCACCUUUACGGGCAGAAAAAGACUCCGAGAUGUUAAAGAGGCAUGAGAGGUUGGAGGGAAGUGGAGUCAGUGCAUGUGUUGCAUGGGCCUGUUUGUUAAGGCAGCGAAUGGAAACAAUCCAGACUGAUAGAGGGCUGAGAGAGACGCUAAUGCCAACAUGUACCAGUGCUUUAACUGCUUCAAUGAUUUGCCAAACACCUCAGUAACCUUAAUGACAGCAGGAGUGUCAUGUGAACUGCAGGAUUAUUAUUGACCUGCUUUUUUAUAAACCACUACUCACCUUUACUUCUUCUGGUGCCGAUACACUGCUUCAAGCUUCAUGUACUGCUGGGGUUUGUUAGACACCAGAACUAUGAACAGAAAUUCAAUUAUAAAGAAGAGAGAGAGAGGGAGACAGAGAAGAUGAAGAGGUUUGAACAAGCAGCAACCACAAUGGCCGACUUCUGCUAUUAAAAACAGUCAGUGUUCAUCGUCUACUGACUGACCGAUCGUUAAACUAAUCAUGAUACUCAUAUCAGGACCAGUCGGGACUGUAGCUUCAGUUAAUGCCUGAUGCUAUAAUGCUCUACUGCCUGGAUGUAAACAAGCACAGGUGACAGGAGGUCUGAUUAAACUGGUAUACAACUGUCACACCAGAGCAGUGAGCGACCUGCAGAACUGAACCCGCUCUGCUGAAGUUUGACUCACUUCACUGGCAGACUCUGUGAGCCUGUGUUUAGCUUUGAUAGAUGAAUCAAAAUAUGCAGAUGUCAUUAAAUAAAGAUUUGUUUCAAAAAAGGUCAGUUCAGUUGACCACCAGGGCAGACCCAAAGUGGCCCUUUAGAGGCUAAACCACCAAUCUCAGUUCCAACAUGAAUUAGCUUUGCUGUAUCUCUUAGUCGUGGUGGUUGCUACUUGAAGGCCAAAGCUCUGCGGAUCAUAAAAAGUGAUUGUAGUUCAUGGAUGUAGGAAUAAAUAAAACGUUCUGUCGAGUGGGAUCACUGAGGAAAAAAAAAAAUAAGGGUCACAGGAGGAAUCCUGUUUCGGCCCCGGACCUUAACCUCCUCACUAACACGCCUCCCUUUUUUUAACAUCAACAAACUCCAGCACGUCUAAAAACUGUAAAGUAUUUAUUACCAGUGAGUCAAACUGUAAACUUUGGACAAAUCUUGAGCUGAACCUUUCUGACAGCAUGAACCCCUGCUGACGCUUCCAGAGAAAUGUGCUCUCGUUCAUCACCUCAUGUAUAUAUUUCAGUUAGAGCUUUCUUUGUUUCUGGCACCAGCAUGUGAACUGACAGCACAGACCAUCGUAGAAACCAGCUGACAGAUUACUGCCCUCCACCAAACUGUUUAGGACAAAAAAAAAGAAAAAAAGCUUCACUGCAAAGGUAGCAGAACUGCUGGUUGGAGAAAAGAGUUUCGAACUGACAAGAAUGAUAAAACACUAUUUUUUAGUGUUAGUUCUAUUUAUUGACAUUGUUUGAGUUUGUGUACAGAUAAUGUAAAGCGAUGUUUUGGCACAGGUGUGUUUGUUCAGUAGUUUUUGCGUCUAUAAAAUGUGUGAUGAAUUAUGGAGUCUGAGCGAAAUGUUGACCAGGCCGUAUUGUUCUGUUGACAUUUUUCUGAAGACGUUACAUUCCAGCUUUUCUGAGGACUUGAAGAGGGGCAGAGGAAAACAGUUUUCUCCGUUUUUUGUGGGAAAGUGAGCCGUUUCUACAUUUUCCUCUAUUUUCAGUGUAACAACUCCUCCACAUUCCCGUGUUUGGACUGAUUCAGAUAUUGUAGGCUUGCACUUUAUGAAGUUUGAUAUUGUUAUGAUCCUGUUUGUUGUGCUUUAAGGAAAAAAAAGAGAAACUCAUUCCUUGUCCUUCUGUGAUUGUUCAGACCAGCCCUUCACUCGGGUGACUUCUUUUUUUUAACAGAGUCAAAGUUGUGAGUCUGUGAUUUUCAGACCGUUUCCAAAAAAGAACUUUUCACCUCCUGUCACUUUUUAACAGCUUCUGCCUGAAAAGUGUGAAACAUGUUGACUGAUUUCUGAAAGUGUUGGCCAUUGACUGAAUAUAAAGAUGAAUGACACAUUUGCACAUCCUUCCACAAAAGUGAAGUCAAAAUACUCCUGCAACAGGCGCUGACAGCUUGCACAUUUGUAAGGCAGAGACAGCGCUUCAGCCUCAUCCUUAGAGCAAAAUACAGAUUGAACUUCUUGAUAAAGCGUCAAAGCUCAUUCAGAUGGGCUUUAUGAGGUGCCAGUAGGAGGAGCUUGAUAUUUGUGGCUUCACUUUAAGGGAGCUGGCAUGUUGUCCAGCCUUUUAUAUAGUCUUUAGUUGUGACUCAGCAGCAAUAACAAAUUUAAAUGUGUAAAACAUCGUGAAGUUUGAAUUUUUUAAAGCCAGCAGUGUUCAAACUCACAGCUGUGUGAAAUCCAGUCAUGAUUUUUUUUAACUUUGCGAAGAACUCUCAGCAAAAACAACAAACAUCUUCAACAUGUUUUCAACAUGAAUCAGGACAGAAGACAAAGUAAAGACAUGUAGUCAUUGAAAUUGUCAAAUAUUACAUGUGGACGAGUUUGUACUUUUAAUCUCAAAAUCUCAUAUUUAUAUGUUUAUAACAUGUUACUGUACGAUGUGUUUCCCACGAAAAGAUUGAUAAAUACUGGCACAAAUGCGCAUUAUUUAAUGGAAAAUAACCCCAGACAGUGAAGUGGCACUGAACUGUGAUCAUAAUGAUAACCAUCAAAUAAAUAAGAAAACUUUGAGCUUCAGUUAACGUCCGUUUGCGGUGAUGAUUUAUGUGCUUCAUAUUUAAAGAAAUGAGCCAUGAACAAGAACAGUUAAUUUAUUGAGUAGCAUCAGUGGUUUUAUUAACACUAGUAAGAGUAUGAAUAUGAAUUUUUCCUCUCAGUCUGAGCCUUUUGAAAACGGGAUGAUGUCGGUGUGAGUGUGUUUGAUUUUUUUUCUUUUUUGACUUUAUUGUAAUUUUUUACAGCAGCUGAAGAGCAGCUUUGUGCAAUAGCCUGAACUGAUUCUGUGUGAUGAAAAAAACAUUUCAUGCUUCAAAUAACCUCUGCAAAACAAGAUAGCUGGAUAAAACAUGAUAUUUUUUCACUGUUGAACAAGAUACCAGCAGAGUAUGACUUUAUGUGAACACGAUCUGUUGAUAGAAGCCUGUGCAGACGUAUGAAGUGAUGCAUCUUGUUUGAUCUUUAAUGAGGAUACUUUACUUACAAACCGGAUAAUCUGUAAUGAACAAGAUACUGACUUCAGGCAAAAAGAUACUGAUCCAUGGAAAUAAAAAAAAACAAGGUAUAAAUGUUGGGGUAAUCAGACAUAAAGAAAGCCGAAUUGGUUCACAAUAAAUUGUUUUUAGGAACAAGAUAUAAUUUUGUGCGAACAAGAUAAAAACAAAGUAUUACUUUUUGCAAAAAAAGGACCAAUUGAGACACUUAAAUAUUUACUUUAAGAAACAAGAUGAUUAAAGAGAUGUUAAGUUUUACAAACAUGCUUUAAGAGGUCAAGACUUCAUUGUGGCAAACAAGAUACUUUUUUGACUGGUCCAGAUAUUGUUUCCUCAAAAAGCUUUGCAAGUACCAUUUUAUCUGCCCUGCACUAAUCUACCCCAAAGAAACAUCAAGAUACAAUUUGUUAUGUGCAGUAGUUACUCUUGAAUAGGAAAGACACAUUUAUUGGAAGCUGAGAGAUAAAAAUCUGUGAACUUGUGCAAAACAAAAUAUUCUGUCAAUGAAACAUGGCCUGUGUGAAGGAAUAAAUAUACUUUUGCAAAACGAUAGCUACUCACUCGUGCCAACAAGAUAAUGACAAAUGCAAAUACAGUAUUCUGAGAUGUGACUUUCUAAAGAAGCUUGCUCAUGCAAACAUGAUUCUCAUUCUUUAAAACAAGAUUCAAUUAGUGCAAAAAAGAUAAUAAGUUAGCUAGAAUAAGACAUUUGGUUCAAGAAGUAUCUAGUUGUAUCUUGUUGACAGAAAAUUUCACCAACUACACUAUAACAUGUUUGCACGGAAUAAUAGUUUGUUCUUACGUUUCCUUUUUUAUAAAAUGUCCAAGGUAAAUAUCGGUGAGGAGAGCUGGCAGCUGGUUUAUACCUUUAUGCAGAGUUUCCACUAUGACAUUAUGAAGCUGAAUUUAUGGUGGAAACUCUGACAAAACAUAACAUUCCUCCCAAGCCUUUAGGUUUUUCUCUUCUGCUCUUCAAAAUUGAUCAGUGAUCAAAUAGUUUAUGUUCUGCUGAAGUCUUAAAAUACCUGUGACCAAAUUAAGCUUCAUCGAAUAGGUUUUUUAGUAUCAUUUUAAGGAAUUGUAAAGUAGAAAACGUGCAUACAUCAGCAUUCCUCCGUCCAUACUGUGAGGUUUCGUCGUCUCCUGUGCAUUCCAGUGUGCAUUUUCAGGAAGAGAAAAACUGCUGAUUGCAAUUUCAGGUGUUUCAGCAUCCGCAUAAGAAGAAGAUAUCUCUGCUACAUGACUAUUUAACACCAGAUUUGUUUUGCAGUCACACAGAAUCACGUGUUUCUUUUCUUAAGCUGCUACUAUGCACUUUGUUUGAACGGUCAGACUGAAAAAAUGCAAGACUCUGAGAAAAUGCAGUUACUGAGGAUUAAAAGCGGGUGACAAGGAUGUGAUCUGGUGAGAUUAAAUCAUUGCUUACCCUGCAUUAACAGUGUUAAACCCUCCAGAGCACAAGAAAAAAAAAACGUUUUUAACAUGAAACCACAAGCACAACAGCCACUGCAUCAUGAAACGGACCCUCUAUCAUGGAGAAGCAUGUGGACGACUCCCUGAUUACUGCCGUCUGAUCAAUCCUGUUUUCUUCCCCUAAUCUGUGGGAGUCAUUUUUACCUUUUUAUACUCGUAAUAUGUCCAAAAUAUGGGUGCAGCCUUCCUUUAUAGCAACAUGUGUGACUUGCUUGUUGUGAUUUUAAGUCAGUGUCCAACUGUCAAAUGUAUUUUCUGAGUUUCAGUUUAAAAAAAUGCACAGAUGCUAAUCUCUGUAAGCAGCAUGUUUGUUUAGAGUAGAAAGUGCCAAAGACUGGUGUACUCUCACUUUCUCAUCCUGACAAUGACAGAGAUCAAUUAUUGUACCAGAUGUUUCUUUUUUCUGUGUUAACAGAAGGAGCCAAUAAAGAAAAUGAAAAAUUUGGCUUCAUGACAACGGCUGCUGAGUGUCUUUAUUGUUGGUCUAGAUGGAUUUGGUCUUAAUAAAAACCUGAUGCAAA